GUGGAAACAGUCUCUUAAGUACAAAAUGCAAAACUAUCGUACAAAGCUUGGCCGUCUUGGACAUCCUGAAAUCCUUGUGAACUCCUUAAAGCACAAGAAAACAGGCCAAGGCAAAGCUGCAGCAAACAUAAAAAAAACAAGAAAAGCUGAAAUAAACUACAUUCCUCUGCACCCAAAAGGCGAAACCACAGAAAGCUUGGAGAACGAGAGAAUUGCCUUAUUGUCAGAACUGAAAAAGCGUGACAAUGAAGUGGUGAUAAAAGCAAAAAUGGAAAAAACCUUCUCUCACAGACGCCUUGAGAUUGUGGAGCAAAGGCCUUUGAUAGGGGACUUCAAAUGCAGAUGGCCUGCUCUGUUUCAGCAGAGUGAAGUGAAUGCGGAGUUUUUGAGGAUCACAACAUCACCACUUCAAUCAAAGUUCAUGUGGCAGCUGGACCACUUCUCAGACAAGCUCUUGAAGAUCUUCAAGAUCAAAGGAGGACUAAAGGGCCACAAAAUCAAGGAAGCCCUUGCAAUAUCAGAUUUGUUUGAAAACAUCCACAUCAAGAGGGGGUGCAUCCUGCGAAGCAUCGCGAUCUACCUCAACGAGGAUCCAGACUCUUUUUUUAAGGACUAUCAGAUGCCAAGAGGGACAUGGCAAUCACAGUCAUACACACUUCAAAGAGAUGUGGAUGGGCAGCAAGAGGACGUGGGAAUUGUCAUCGAAGGCAAUAUAGUCAUGGACAACUUGGGCAGCGUGAUUGUGGGGUUUGUCAUGCUAUUGGGACUUAUUUAUGCCCUGGAUUUGAGCUUUCCGGACAACCUCAAACACACCUUCGAGUUCAUGCAGAAGGUAGUGAUGAAUCUGGAUGGGCACAAGCUGAAUGGUAAAAUCGAAAGUCUGAAGAUCAAGUUGUUCGAUUGA